GGAACAGCACCCCAAGCAUGAGGCCUCAGUCUCCGCCCCGUCCUCUGUCCAGUCCCCUCCACUCGUUCUUCCCUCUCUUUUUCCUCCUCCCUCGCUCCAGUGUUGUGAAACACCGUGGAAUCUGCGCAGUUGACCCCCCCUCACACAUCUGAAGAUGGCUGCGCGUGCAGGAAAGGAGGGCAGUCCAGCAGAGGGCGCCACCACACAGACCGUCACCGGCGGCUCCAAGCCUCUGCACCGCUUCCUCCGAGCGGAGCCGAAGACCGUCGGGAUUGUGAUGAUCCUCAUGGGCUUUGGUCUGUUCUUGUUUGGAAUCCCUCUGAAAACGGACACAGUGGAUAACUUAUCAGACAUCUACAGCUCCUUUUGGUUGGGCUUCCUGUACUUAACGUGCGGUGUUCUCUACAUACUGGCAGAACGUAAACCCACCAAAAAGAUUGUCACAGCUAGUCUGGCUCUUAGUAUCGUCUCAACACUGGGGUCUAUAUUCGCUGCAAUUGAUUUCAUCAAAGCCAUGGUGGUCAUCUCAUACAGUCGCCAUUAUCGUCUGUACAACUUCUACGAUUAUGAGAAUGUUACGGAGCUGGAGGCAGUGUUGGAGCAGCGUUAUACGUCCAUCUACAGCCUGGAAGCCGUGUUCCUGUUCCACAGCUUAAUAGGUGGAGGAAUCCUCAUCGUCAUGACCGUUUUUUCACGGAUGGCUCUGCGCUCCUCCCGGACACAGACGGUUGUAGUAAUGCGUAACCUACCUUCAGCAGAGUGAGAACUUCUGAAGACAUUAUAGGAUUAUCUUGUUGUCUUACUCCUACUCAGUGUACAAACAAAUAAGACAGUUUAAAUGAAGUAUAUAUCCAGCAUAUAACACUGUACUAACUCAGCGGCUCAUAUAGGAACGUAUCUUGUUGGAAAAGUUUUUAAUUUUAUAUUCAGUAAUCAAACAAAACAAUGCCUGAAAGGAAUGCUGACAAACGAUAUCAUAAAGUCAGAUUAUAAUACAUUCUCUGUGCAUGCAUUUACAAAUAACCCCCCCUUAAAAUGUGUCUCACUCACCCAUUUCAGUGAUCAAAUAAGUGACACAACAGCAUUAACACUCAACACCAGUAUCACAAGGUAAAAUCAGUCAUUUACAACCAUUCUUAACUUUUCACUUUGCUUUUUCAUCCGCGACCACCACAGCAUCCUUUUACCGCCCAUUAAUGUCACAAGGCAGACACAGUAAAUUCACAUGCAUGUUAUCUAAAGCAUCUUGGCCUGGCGGUCAUGGUUGUUGAAUGUUUUUCCAUAUGAGAAUCCUACUGUACUAUACUGUAUCUGUAGUUAAACCACUAGGAGCACUAUCUUUAGACCACAUGCUGUUUACGUUGCAUUAACAACAGAACUUUUUUUUUUUUUACUGUGGACGAUUUCUGCUGACAAGAUGCCGUUGGCCGACUAGGCCAUUGUAAAAUUGAAAUGUAAAAUGAAAUGAGAAAAAUAAACCAACUUUUAUUUA